AUGAAGAAAUUUGAUGAGAUAAGUCGGAAGCAAUACUCACUUCAGACACCCAAUCAGAAGGAAGUGCCAGAUGUUCAAGUAUCCUCUCCUGAGCCUGUGCUGAUAAGAGAAUGCUCGUCAUCAGGAGAAUUUGAGCGUUGUUCCAUCAAACGCUCGAAAUUGAUCAACAACCUAGCCUUCCUGAAACGAUGCCAUGAUACCAACAUUUUGCCUCCUGGCCUUCGUGUCCGAGAUCCCAUCCGGAACACGAAGUCUCAAGGUAUUGUUCACCAGUACAGCCUAGCCCUUCUCCGACACCGCAUCCAAGCCACAAGAUUGACCCUGGCACACCUAGACAGACAACUUUCCACUGCACAGGAUCAUGUCGCUACAGCGGUUUCGACUGAAGACUUCACCAAGAUCAAGAGAAUGGCAGAGAGUGUCUGCCGCCAUGUCUUCGGGUCAACUCGCUGCCGACAGAUCAAGAAAUUCAGUCGCCUCUCCAAGAACCAGAGUAAAUCCCAUAUUCCCAGUCGGACUAUAGGAUCUUCUAUAUCCUCAUGUCCAUACCCUACUAAGCCCCACCUCCAUUCACGAACUGCGUUCACAAGGCAAACCGUGGUCAACCUCAGUCACCGCCACUUGUCACACACGGAAUCCAGAGUCCUUGCCCUCGGUAUGAAGUUCACCUUGGUCCCGCGGUCCCCUCCAAUAGUAGACAUCAUUCAGUCCGUUGAGCCAGCCCUUCGCCACCUGAACAAGAGCGCUGCAGACGAUGCCCGCCUCCACAUCAGCCAAGCCCUCAAGAACCACAAGCCCGUCAAGCCCAACAUCUCCAAGACCGAACAGCAAGCCAUCAAAAGCCUACUAAGAGAUCACUCCAUCCACAUCCUAACUGCAGACAAGGGGAACGCAACUGUCGUCAUGGACAAAGCUGACUAUGACUGUAAGGUCCCUACCAGCCCCUUCACAAGAACCCCAUACCUUCCAUCCAAAAGAGAUUCCAUGCUAAGCUCCUAG